GUUUCAACAGACCUUUGAGUAUGUAUUUGUUAAAUUUACAUAUAUAAAGCAAUUCAUAGACUUUUUAUGUAACAUACUUUUCACGUUAUACGUACAAUACUUGUGUUUGACUAAGCUUGGAUGUUUCGCUACUUGAUUUGGUACCCUAAGUCUUGUAAGGCCUGAAUGACAUUUCUGGUGUUUAGAUGUCUCCAACUCCUCCAUCCAAACGACAAAAAAUACUGACCUCUACAGAAAACAACAAUAACAAUUUUCAUUCAAAUACCAGCAACAACUUGUCAAACGGGAUGGAAGCUAACGGAGAAGUUCCUGAUUUGGACGAAAGUCUUUAUAGUCGGCAGCUUUAUGUCUACGGGGCUGAAGGCAUGCGCCGAAUGGCAACAACAGACAUUCUAGUUAUUGGCCUGGAAGGACUUGGGCUCGAGGUCGCUAAAAAUAUCAUUCUAGCUGGAGUUAAAUCUGUAACGUUGUGUGAUGACACUCCAUUAUGUAUAGCUGACCUCACAUCUCACUACUUUGCGGACCUUAAUGACAUAGGUCAUCCACGUGCUGAAAUUUGUAAGAAUAAGUUAAGCGAGUUGAAUAAUCAUGUGUCUGUCCGCGUGUUAAACAAACAUAAACUUGGUGCUGAAGACUUUAGGAAGUUUAGUGUAGUGGUGCUGAACCAGGGAUCUGAGGACCUAUGUGUGGAUUAUGGAGACAUUUGUCGGAGUUUAGGUGUCAAAUUCGUCGUUGCUUCAACAUGCGGACUUUUUGGCAAAGUGUUUUGUGACUUUGGGACAGAUUUUGUAGUGUAUGACCCAACUGGUGAAGUUCCAUCUUCAGUCAUGAUUCAGCAAAUAGAGAAGAGCAAACAAGGACUUGUAACUUGUUUGGAGGAGACUCGUCAUGGGUUUCAGGACGGUGACUAUGUAACUUUUUCUGAAGUAAAAGGGAUGGUGGAGUUAAACGGUUGUCAACCCCGAAGAGUAACAGUUGUUGGACCUGAUGUAUUUUCCAUUGGUGACACGUCUAAUUUUAGUCCAUACAUAUCUGGUGGGAUGUGUACUCUUGUUAAAAUGCCAUUAAAAAUCAACUUUCUACCUUAUCGGACAGCUUAUUAUUCCCCAGUUUUCAUGACGACAGAUUUCGUUAAAACUGAGCGUCCCGCACAAAUUCAUCUCUUCUUCAAGGCCCUCAGUGAUUAUAAGAAUAGCAACGGAUCUCUUCCUAAACCUUGGUGCAGGACUGAUUCCCGUACUUUUGUGGACUAUGUCCAUAAAGUCAAUAGACAAAUGGAAAACACAAACGCUUCAGUCUCAUCAAUCGAUGAAAAACUAUCUAUGCUCUUUGGAUUCGUUUGUUCAGGUCAAUGUUCCCCCGUCUUGUCUUUUAUAGGGAGUUUCGCUGCCCAAGAAGUUAUGAAGGCUUGCAGCGGUAAGUUCACGCCGCUGCAACAGUGGAUGUAUUUCGAUGCAACUGAGUGCCUCUCGAUGAGUUCAGAUGAAGAUUUCGUAGUCUCAGAGAAUGAUGCAAAGCCAAUUGGAUCUCGGUAUGAUGGUCAGAUUGCCAUAUUCGGACGUGCGUUUCAAGAGAAGCUGAAAGGAUUGAAGUAUUUUAUUGUUGGUUCAGGUGCAAUUGGAUGCGAGCUGCUAAAAAACUUCUCGUUGAUGGGUGUUGGUGCAGGACCGUCUGGAAAAAUUGUUGUGACGGACAUGGAUCUCAUCGAAAGAUCAAACCUGAACAGACAGUUCCUGUUUCGUCCAUGGGAUAUCCAUAAAAUGAAGUCAGUCGUGGCAUCAGCCGCUGCUAAAUUGAUAAAUCCAGAGCUUAAUAUUGAAGCUCAUGAGAAUCGUGUUGGACCGGAGACGGAGAAAAUAUAUGACGACGAAUUCUUCGAGAAAUUGGAUGGAAUUGCUAAUGCGUUAGACAACGUUGAGGCCCGCACUUAUGUUGAUCGUCGUUGUGUUUAUUAUCGCAAACCUCUUUUAGAAUCCGGAACCCUGGGAACUAAGGGUAAUGUACAGGUUGUUAUCCCUUAUUUGACAGAAUCUUACUCAUCUUCACAAGACCCUCCAGAAAAAUCAUUCCCUGCGUGCACUCUGAAAAACUUCCCUUAUCUGAUUGAACAUACCCUCCAGUGGGCACGCGAUCUGUUUGAAGGACUUUUCGUCCACCAGUCACAAGCAAUGAGUUCGUUUUUACAGGAUCCACCUGGCUUUUUAGAACGAACAUUAUCAAAUCAAGGAAAUCAACCUUUGGAAACACUAGAAACUUUGAAAACAAAUUUAUUAGACAAAAGACCAAGUAGUUUCGAAGAUUGUGUCACUUGGGCUAGAUUACUCUGGCAGGAUUUGUUUUCAAACACAAUCGCACAACUUUUGUUCAAUUUCCCUCGUGACCAUGUCACUUCAACUGGUUCUGAUUUUUGGUCAGGAACCAAACGAUGCCCUCAUCCAUUGCAGUUUGAUGUACAAGAUACAACACAUUUGGAGUUUAUUUCGGCGGCUUCAAACCUUCGCGCUGAAUGCUAUGGUAUCCCUCAAUGUCGAAACCUGUCCAAGAUUUCCGAAAUUGUUCAAAGUGUAGUUGUCCCUCCGUUUGUUCCUCGAUCAGGCGUACGGAUUGAUGUAACCGAGGCAGAGGCUCAAGCAAGGUCAGCUGCACCUAUGACUGAUACAUCUCGACUUGAAAAACUUCAGAAAGCUUUACGUAGCUUCAGCAACACUUCAACAUUGCAUAUCAACGUAAUUGAAUUUGAGAAAGAUGAUGAUACAAAUUUUCAUAUGGACUUCAUCACCACAGCAAGCAAUUUAAGGGCCGAGAAUUAUGAAAUCCCUCCAGCUGACCGACUAAAAAGUAAAUUAAUUGCUGGUAAAAUUAUCCCUGCAAUUGCAACUACAACUAGUUUGGUGGCUGGGCUGGUAUGCCUAGAACUACUUAAGCUUGUUCAAGGACACAAAAAGCUCGAACUGUUCAAAAAUGCUUACGUCGAUUUAGCGUUGCCCUUUACUUCAUUUUAUGAACCUGUAGCACCUAUCAAGUCAAAAUACUAUGAUACAGAAUUUUCUUUAUGGGAUCGGUUCGAACUUUCAGGCCCUAUGACCUUGCAAGGUCUAAUUGAUUACUUCAAAGAUAGUUUGAAGUUAAAUGUAACAAUGCUAUCGCAAGAUGUUUCUAUGCUCUAUGCAUUCUUCAUGCCAGAAGCGAAGCGUAAGGAACGUCUAGUUAUGUCAUUAAAAGAUCUGGUGGAAGUAGUCAACAAACGCAAAAUACCUCCCCAUGUUAAAGUACUGGUAUUUGAUGUCUGUUGCAGUGAUGAGCAUGAUAAAGAUGUUGAUGUGCCAUAUAUCCGCUAUGUACUGGAACCAGCCAAAUAAAGUUCAUUUAUUCAUGUCUUUCUCAAAUAAUACAGGUUUCAAAUUGAUGAUUACUCCUUUACGAAACCAAACUAUUUUUCACCCAUUUUAAUUUAUGGAAUAUUCCAAAGACAAUAUAUGCUUUCCCUAUUAUUUGUGUACUAGCUGUGUAUGAAUUAACACGCAAAUAAAAUGAAUAAUCAAUUAAUUUUUAUGUAUUCUGAGAAUACAGCAAGCUAUGGACAUAAUCUUUUUACUCAAUUUUACCGUAUAUCAAUUUGUAUAAUCUAAGUUGAUAUUUAUGUCGAGCAUCAGUUUUUUCUCUGCAAUCGACUCAUUUUUCGUAUAGAAAGCUUUAAAAUAUAUGUUUACUUCCGAAUGAUUUAACUUGAUGGAUUAUUUUCUUUAUCAGUUUUCUUUAUUCAAUGUUCUAAUUUCGGAGUGUUAGUUAUCAGCAAUAUUUACAAAUACAUGGUUUACGUUACUAGCAAUUUGCGUUGUGAACAUCAUAUUUCCUACAAUCUAUGGCGCGCGUUCUGUUUUAAUUUAUUGAAUCCUUGCCACCAAAUGCCUUUGUACGACCGAGGGUGGGGGAGAGUCACCUCUCCCUCUCAAAAUACUCUCACGUGGCCACGCGUGUACAGCCACUACCAGGAAAUCCUACUCACUGCCUUCUCGCAGUGGGGUGUUGUUUACGGAAUUGAGAGGACGAAAGCGAAGGUCUGGCGCUCCAACCGAGUUGGUGGAUGCGGAGGGUUCACCUAGGGCUAUCGGAAAACCCUGAUUCUAAACCAAUGGUGGACAUGGGCUCCAGUAUCCUGAGGAAACAAAUGGCGUAUAAACCAAUUAUUGGACGCCGGCUAUUACGAGACUGCAUCUCCUGACGUUGCUCCAGGCGUCACCUAAGAAAACCAUUUGCUUCGGUCUGGGCACCAAGGCAGUAUCACAGCCCACACACAAAUCAUGUGACUUGUGUGGCGCAUAUGUAUUCGGUGUUCCUUUGUACCAAUAUUUUUGUUUGAAUCUUGCGAGGCGGCAUCGUGGAUGCGCACUGCUGAGGCGUCCCACAAUAGGAAGAAACAGCCGUCCAGUGUUUCCAGGCUUUCCAUGAUGGUCUAGCUUCAAUUGACUCAUGAUCUGAACUAUUAAGAUUACAAUAUUUAUGUGUUCAAAUAAAUAGAAUAUUGAGUGCUGGUUAGUUUGUUGAUGUAAUAUAUGAACAGUGAGGUUUUUCGAAUUCUACUGAGCGAAUAUAAAAACGCUGUAUUUCUUACUGCAGCGUCUAAGAUCCGUUCUUUCGGAUGCUAGUGAAACUGCAGUUUUCCUUGAUUACAUAUUUUUGAAUCCUAAACAAAGAAAACUAGUUAUCAAAAUAAUUUUACUAAAUGGUCGUCAUUAUGAAAUAUGAGGAACAUCUUAGAUCUAUUGAGUAAACUUUCUUAAUGAUCUAGGUAUUACAAAUAUCUGGAAAUAUCGGUGUGUUUCUUGCUUUAUUCUGCUUAUUAGUUGAACUUACGGUAGCAGCAAACAUAUUUGAUCUCCUUCACUGGUUCAUGCAUUGCUGUCACGACGAGGAGUCUUGGAUUUCUAAUUUCCUCUGAAAAUGUUUUAAAGCACAGAUUUUUGGUUAGUCUCACUAUGGGAUCUCAAUUUCUUUAAUAGCACUAUUUUGUACGUCAAACUUUGGGAAUUAAUUUAGGUUUUUGUGUGUUCUAGUCUUAAUCAUUUUGAUCCUGACUACCAUUGUACAGCAGUGAGGUCUCGGUGAGUAGUUAUUAUCCAUAUCAUAAAUCUGACUAAUAGUUUUGAGCUGUUACAGUAAGUGGGGGGUUAUUGCUUCUCAAUUACCCACGCCAUGGAAGGAUAAUUCUUACUGAGGGACCUGAGAGCAUGACUUCACAUAACAAGGCGUAGUUGGCUG